AUGUCCUCGGCUCUAGAGACUUUGGGCAUCCCCUGUUGGCACUCGUUCCACCUACUUACCACUCACUUUGGCGACAACGAGAUGUGGCAAGAUGCAAUCGAUCGCAAGUUCUUUAACAAAGGCGAGCCUUUUGGCCGCGAACAGUUUGAUCAGCUGCUCCAUUGUUUCGGAGCCGUAAGCUCAGACACACCCGCUAUCGCCUUUGCCGACGAUCUGAUUGCUGCGUAUCCCGAGGCCAAGGUGGUCCUCGUGGAGAGAGAUAUUGACAAGUGGUACGAAAGCUACAUGCAUGCCAUUAUAGGGAACAUGUUUAACCCCUUUGCAACGCUUGUGUAUCAUUUGGAUAGAGCUUAUAUCCACCCUAUCGGAAAGGUUCAAAAAAGUGUCGUGGCAGGAUGGGCUGGAAUAACGUCUAGGCGAGAUGCUGAGCUCAAGGCUCGGGACAAGUACCGUCAGCACUACGCGAUGGUGAGGGAACUGACCCCCCCUGAGAGGCUCCUUGAAUUCAAACUCGAAGAAGGCUGGGAUCCGUUAUGCAAGUUUUUGGGUAAAGAGGUUCCAAAAAGCAAGUUCCCUAGGCUGAAUGAAAAGGGUUGGUUCGAUGAGAAGGCGAGCCUGUUGUUAACAGAAGGCCUGAGAAAGGGGCUGGUAAAGGUAGUUCCGUGGGCUGUUGCAAUGGCUGGUAUGCUUUUAGCUUGGUUCAAAUACUUUGGGUAG